AUGGCGUCCACAAUUGCCUUAUCUCUCGAAAAUAUCGAUGACCUUAUCUAUGCCGCACGAGCUGGAGAUCUAGAAGGUCUGCAGACAGAUAUUACAAGUCUAAGCCUACAGUACAAUUGUCCCGUCGCUGCCAUUGUCGAGUCUGCAAUUGACAAUGAAGAUGAAAGCGAAGGGGGAACAGGUGCCUGUCUCUUGCAUUGGCCAGCAGCCAACGGAAAUAUAGAAUUGCUAAAUUACUUACUCUCAAUCAUUCGAAACACCCCCGACCAAGGGUUGUCUCUCGUCAACCACGCGAACUAUUCCGGAAACACGCCUCUUCACUGGGCCGCCCUAAAUACGCAUCUAGAAUGCGUCAAGGCAUUGGCUUACGCCGGGGCUAGCAUAGAUGUCAAAAAUGGUGUGGGGCAUGACGCGGCUUUCCUGGCAGAACGGUCCGAAUGGGGUACAACCGGUGGCGACGGGUUAGAAGAGAUGGAUGGAGAGGAUACCGCAGCAGGUGCAACCGAAACUACACCGGAGCCCACGCGGCCAAUGUCAAAGGCCAUGCAGGUGGUCGAGUAUCUCUUGACGUUUGAUAGGAGCGGUGAACAGAAGGGAAGCGCUGAUGUCUCGGCAGCGCAAUCGCGGAAUGAUGGGAAUUCUGAUGGAAUAGAGGGAGUUAUUGAACAUGAAACGAAUUGA